CUUCUAUUCUGUAUCUCGUCUAUGACUUGGAGGUUAGUCUCGUAUCCUUCGUUUUCUCGCGAGUUUCCAAUAUGUCCGUAGACGAUUGUGAACGUUGGUAUUCGUCCAGAUAAAUUAUCGUUUUUACCAUUUCUCUCAAAGAUAUAAAAUUUUUAUUUAUAUAAUUAUUAAAAUGAUACGUUUCGUACGAACUUGGAAAAUUAUUUUUCGUUACGUGAUGUUUAUUCUAUGUAUUCAGUCUGAGAUAUUUAAUAUUGUACGCUCUAUAAAGGUGAAUUUUUCCUGCUUGAACCGAACUGCUGGCUUUUAUGCGGAUACGGAUGCUAAUUGUAAAAUAUAUUAUACCUGCGAUGAAUAUGGGAAUAAAUUUACUUAUCAUUGUCCGGAAGAAACUGCUUUUCGACAAGAUGCCUUGAUAUGCGAUCACGCUCAUCUUGUGCAUUGCGAAAAAACUAGUAUUUCCUUCCCUCUCCAAGAAUAUAAUGAUAAACCUAGGAAUGAUGAUUCUUCUUAUCCAAAAGAUAAGAGUCGAUCUUUUUUUCCUAUGACGCGAUUGAUGAAAACGAACAACCAAGUAGGAUAUAAAUUUAUCUCUAAUUCUGAUCGCCUUUUCAAAGAUCUAGAUAAAACUAUUGAAAAUAAAGCGAUUGAUUCGUUUUAUCCGUCCAAUUAUAAUAAUGUCACUACCGAUUCUGAGACGAAUAUUAGAACGCGUUACGUGAUUGAUGAAUAUGAUAAAAAUGGUUUAAAGAAAAAUCAAAGUUUUUCUAUUCGGAUCCAAAGUUUUUACGACAAAGAUAAACGUAAUGAGAAAUCCAUGCUUAACCAAAGAAAUUAUUCGCGACGAAAAAUGAACGAUGCUGCGGAUAAUCUCCUAAACGUGUCUUCCGAUACGUUCUCUGAAAAUAUUCACGCUCGAGAGAAUAAUGUAAAGGAUUAUCAACCUGUCAAGAACGCUAAUCAUUUUUUGAAAUUAUCUUCUAUAAACUAUAGAAAUUAUCCAUAUUUCGAAACAUUGAAAUCUAUUCAAAGAAAUACAAAAAUUCUUCCUACGGCCGGUACUACGAAGACAAAUAUUGCUUUGGCUACUACGGAAUUACCUGUAUACGCUUUAACCUUAUCUUUGAAACCUUUGAUACCGAAUGAAUUGGAAUACGAUCCGUAUUAUCCAAGAUAUUCCACAACAACGGAAACUUAUUAUACUCCCGUGCAAAAUAUUAAAGAAUGGUCUCGGGUUGGAAAUUCUACUCGAACGAUGAUGUGGUCCUCGAAUAUUCAUUUUCGAUUACCGUCGGUUUUACCGGAUUUAAAUUCUCUCGAUGAUAUUGUUGAUCGUAGAAAAUUGCUUUAUAUUCCUCGAAUUAAGUUUAAUUGAUAUAAAUAUUUUUUUAUCAAAUAUAAAUAAAUGUAUAAAUUUUUCAAGAUUAUUUAUUCGAUUUAAUUAUAAAAUAAAUUAUAACUAGUAAAAAUUAAUAAAAUUAAGUGAGUAGAUUAUUAUAUAUAUUUUUUGAUAUUAUUGAUAUUAAAUAUUUUUUACGAAUUUUUUUAUAAAUUUAAUAAAAAAGAAUAAACGAAGGAAAACGAA